GAAGGGGAGGGGGCCCGCUUUGGAGAGGUUAGAACAAGGCGAAGCUGGGUUACGGAAGAUGGAGAGAGGCAGACGGAAAGCGCGGUGGGGCUGCAGAGAAACAAGACACACAGACAAGACCCUCCAGCUUUGGCGCGCCACGCCACGCCCCCUUCCCCUAUAGGGCAGCUCGUUCUUGCUUCCAGGACACGGGAGGUGGGAAGCGCGAGGGCGGCUCUGUGCACGCCUGAGCGAGCGCUUAGUGUCCCCUGCCUUGCGCGCCUGCGCGAUCCUCUCCCCCUCCCCACCUCCCAUCAUCUUCAACCCCCUUCGCUCGCUCUCCCCCGUUAUUCCUCCUCCUGUUAAACAAAUAGGAGAUCCUAGACCUUGUGGACCAAGAGGAGGUGGAGAAUCGGGAUCGGAGGAGAGAUGUAGGAAAAGGCACAACAUCAGUGCUCCCAAUCUUAGUCAGAAAUUAGUCUCCCCCCCCACACACACACUCACUCACACACACACACACACACACACACCAUAAUGCAUUGGAUGGCGAUGGUGUCUCCUGGCGGCAGCCUGAGUGGAUAUUGCUACUCCUAGCUUGGAUAGUCUUGCUUAAAGACAGACGGGAGGAGGAAGCCGGACAAGAGGCAGGAGAGACAGGCGGAGACCGUCAUCUUUUUGUUCCUGCCUGCAAGUUUCCAAAGGCAUCUGGAUGCCUGCUGUUGGAAACAGAAUGCUGGGCUAGAGGAAGAUUGGUCUGAUCCAGAAGGGCCGAGUGUGACUUGGACCAAGAGCACCCACCAAGCUACAUGGCUGAGCAGUGAUCUGAACACCAGUCUUCCUGAACUGUGAACAACUUCAAACACUCUAACCUCAAGAGGUGUGUGAUGAGAAAUGGCUUUGGGGAACAACACGCAGCGAAGUUACUCCAUCAUCCCAUGUUUCAUCUUUGUCGAGCUCGUCAUAAUGGCCGGGACCGUUCUGCUUGCCUACUACUUCGAGUGCACAGACACUUUCCAGGUGCAUAUCCAAGGCUUCUUUUGCCAGGAUGGAGAUUUGAUGAAACCUUAUCCAGGAACAGAGGAUGAAAGCUUCAUUUCCCCUCUCGUCCUCUACUGUGUACUGGCUGCAACUCCAACAGCAAUUAUUUUUAUUGGGGAGAUAUCCAUGUACUUCAUCAAGUCCACCAGAGAAAGCCUGAUUGUCCAGGAAAAAACCAUUUUGACUGGAGAAUGCUGCUACCUGAAUCCAUUAAUUCGGAGAAUCAUUCGAUUUAUAGGAGUGUUUGCAUUUGGCCUUUUCGCCACUGACAUAUUUGUAAAUGCCGGCCAGGUAGUGACGGGAAACUUGGCACCCUAUUUCCUGACUGUAUGUAAACCCAACUACACUGGAAGUGACUGCCGGGCUCACCACCAGUUUGUAAACAAUGGGAAUAUCUGUACUGGUGACCACGAUGUGAUUGAGAAGGCAAGGAGAUCCUUUCCAUCCAAACAUGCUGCUCUGAGCAUUUAUUCAGCCUUAUAUGCUACGAUGUACAUCACUAGCACAAUCAAGACAAAGAGCAGUCGGCUUGCCAAGCCAGUGUUGUGCUUGGGGACUCUGUGUGCCGCGUUCCUCACCGGGCUUAACCGAGUGUCUGAGUAUCGGAACCACUGUUCAGAUGUCAUUGCAGGCUUUAUCUUGGGAAGUGCCGUAGCUCUCUUUCUGGGAAUGUGUGUGGUUCAUAACUUCAAAGGAACACAUGGAGCUCCUUCUAAAUCGAAGCCUGAAGAACAGCGGGGAAUGCCCCUGAUGGCGUUUCCAAGAGUGGAAAGUCCUUUGGAGACAUUGAGUGCGCAGAAUCACUCUGCCUCUAUGACUGAAGUCACCUGAUCUGAAAGAUGGCAAAAGAAGUUAUUUUUUAUCACCCUCCAGUACAAUACUCCCAAGACAACACACAGUUAUACUAAUUGUCAAACUGUGAUGACCAGUAUUAUGUUAUGUCUAGUUAGAAGCUAAUGUUUUGUACAUUUUUGUAUGAGGAAGUGAUGUAGCUUGCCCUGGAAUUUCCCCCCUUUGGUCAGCUUCAAUAUAUUUAUGCCCGAAUUUAAGACAAAAUGAAAAAAAAAAAAGUAACAGCAAACUAAAAAAAAAAAAUGGGAAAAAAGGAUGAGAGAGAGACCUUUUCUUGUUUCAAACAUUUUCUGAGGCACUACAUCUUUGGGAAUUGUUGAUGUUUUGUGAUAUUUGUACACAGACCUUUUUUUGGUUUUGUUUUAUAUACAAUAAAUUAAAUUAUAAUUAUAAUGCUAAUUCACUUUUACCUUUUGUUACCAGGGAAAAUGCUUCCAAUAGGUAAAGGGCUGGAUUCAGUUAUGCUGAUAGAAUUCUGCAGUAAUUCCUAAUGAAGUUUUUCUAGAUUUGCCACAGCAUAGCCAGGAUCCAGCACUUUAGGCUAUUGAUGACAGCACAGUUAAGAAAAUGACUGAGAACUAGUCUGUUGUGAACUUUGACUCUUCUGUCCAAAACCCCUGGAAGUGAGAAGGAGUCUGACAGGAGAUCUCUGAACCCUCUCUCAGGACUCCUGUGCAUUUCUGUGGAGCUUGCUUAGGAAAUUGUUCCAAUGGAUUGUGUCCAAAGUGCAUAACUUUCAGGUUCCUCACUCCAGACUAGUCCCACUGGGCACAUGGCCCUCAGUUUGUGUGCGCAAACGAUCCACAGUUCCUUGUGGCUUUCUCCAUACUCUUCCCUGAAUCUUCUCCCAGCAAGAGCUGUUUGUGUGAGCUAAAUGACAAAUUACUUCUAAACACACUUGCUUGGAGCUGUUACUAAGGAGAUUACAGUGAAAGCCUGGGUACACAUGCACAUAUAUUGAACAUUGUCUUUAAGAUCACUGCCAUUGAUCGCAGGAAUAAGUGACUGCAGCUUAUGGGCCAAGGUUAUUGUUAGACUUCUGCUCGGCAGGACUGUUGCAAUAUCAAGAGCCUAGUGAAUUGGUUAAAGAGGGCCAUUGUGCUAGUUACACUCGGAUAAUUAAUGUAAUAUUGUAAGCAUUUUUAUACAGACUUUAGAACCAUACCCUGGGAACUGGGAAGAAUGCUAGAGUAUUACUGCAGUCACAGUCCAAAGAAAUAUGGUCUACAUUACAAUAAGCUUAGAACAUAGGAAGCUGCCAUAUACUGAGUCAGACCAUAGGUCAAGCUAGCUCAGUAUUGUCUACGCAGACUGGCAGCAGCUUCUCCAAGGUUGCAGCUUAAAUCUGCCUCAGAGCAUACUUUUAAAAGACAUGAUUCUUAAGACUUGUCUCCUAAGAAGCAUCAUAUCGGAAACUCCACAGACACAGGCCACCUUCAAAUUGCCAAAUCACAGGUCCAAGGGACCUGCAGUUUGCCUCCAUCUCCCCAACCCCCAUGCGUGCACCCAGACGAUCAGAUUCUGAAGUCUGGGAGCUGGCAAAAGGGGCAGGACUGACUGCAAAGAUUCCCCCCACUGACUCCGGAGGGACAGCCUGAGCCAGCCAAUGGACUGGUAGCCCAUGGGAGGAGCUUCCUCCCUUACCUCCAGUUUGGGGAACAAUCCCAAUCUGGACGUAAUUGAGGCAGGAAUGAACCCUCAGUUGAGUGAGUGGAACUCACUACAAACCAGGGGUUCAUUCCCAGGUUUCGGGGCAAAAUCGGAACCUUGGUUGGCUCUGGGAACCAUGGUUCCAAUAAUUCUGACAUCACCAGGGAGGGGGGCGCGGAACCAUAGGUGAGUUUGCCUCCUCCAGUUUGGCAUUAUGUCGAAGGCAGCCAUAUUCACCCAGCCACUUAACCAGAGUUCUACCAAAUGUGCAUCUUCGCUGUGAAAUAGACAUGUUGUAACCCUUCCUUUGUGGCAUAUGCAUGCAUAUUUAAGACAUGGGUAACUUUGGAAGUGGCACUCACCCUUGGACCAAAUAUAUCUGGCCCUUAGGUACACUUGAAAUUCUGCCCACACCAAGGUACAUUGCGAAGGGCCCAAAUUGGUCUUGAAAGUUUGAAGCCAUCACUAUGGUUCCACCUAGUGUUUUGUAAUAGGAGGAGUGUAAAUGUUUCAUCACUACAUUAUAGCAUCAUAUAACCACCUAGAAAGGAGCCUUAGGCUAGUCAAUCUGUAACUCAGUUCCACUGGUGCUAAUAUAAAAAACAACACCAUUCACAUUGACAUGUGUGGGAAAUUAGAUCCAGGCAAUUUGUAACACUUAGCCACAUGAAAAGUAGACUUUCUCUGCUUGUAUGGAACUCUGAAAGCCUCCUCCCUACAGGCCAGGAUUGCUGGAGUGGUUUUAAGUCAUACUCAUUCUUGUCAUCUCUGGUUAUCUCUUGCAGCUAAUCUUUCCUGCCCCUUCCUUGCCCAAUUGCCAGGGAAGAGUAGCUGACAGCAGGGGCAGCCCUUCCAUGAGGCAAAAUGAGGCGAUCACCUCAGGCAGCAGGUUAUUGGGAUGCGAGGCAGCAUGAUGCCCUCCUGCCCCCCCUUAUAAAGGAAGGGGGGUUGUGUACAAGGGGGAAAGCAACAUUUGGUACCCUGCCUCAGUUGCACAGGGAUCUUGAGCCCCACUGGCUGCCUGAGACCGAGGGAGCUAACAAUAGGCCCAGACUAUGGCUCCUCUUCUGUGUUUACAACCUCAAACCACACAGCUUUCAUACCUGUAGGAAUUGGUGGGGGGGGGGCAGUGGGAGCCUUCAGAGUUCUGAAAAGACUUGUGGUAAGUGUAAUGUGUAGCCCAGCUCAUAAACCUUAAUGGACUUGGACAUGCCUUUCCCAUAGAAGUGCCUGCCUAGUCAUUCAUUACAAGAACAGGCAAUGUCUACCUUUUGUAAGUCGUAUCGUAAUGCAUUUGUAUCUAAAAACUGGUUUUCACUUUGCACAGUAUUAUUGUGAACAGAUCAAAAGAGAACAAUGGACCAGUCUCCUGGUCAAUCUUUUUUGUCCUAGGGCUUUCCUGCUGCAUCUCAUUUUUCUAGCAUGGUGAUAACCAAUAGUGUGUUUCCUUUGAGGAAUGGAGCUUCUCUUUGUACUUUUGCUGGAAUGUCUACCAUGUUGGUUCUUGGGUUUUUGUAUACUUUUUUCCAAGAAGAGAUGAAAGAAAAAAAAGCUUAUCACAAAAAUA